AUGUACAUUGUGACGGCCGAGGAGCAACAAGUGGACCAGAAACUGCUGUCUGGCACCAUCCAGAACGACAUUUUGAAGGAGUUUAUGGAUAUCUUCGGCUACACGUCCGAGUAUAUGCCAAAGUACAACUCCAUUUCGAUCUCAGGAUAUCACAUGCAAGAAGCACAAGCAGACGCCCGGCUGGAGUUGGCCUUUACCGUAGCUGACGGCAUUGAGUAUGUCCGAGCAGCACAAGCGGCUGGCCUCGACGUAGACGCUAAUGGCAAGAGUUUGCUGCUACGAACUCACUGUCAGACGUCGGGAUACUCGCUGACAGAGCAGGAUCCAUACAACAAAAUCAUGCGGACGACAGUGGAGGCUAUGGCUGCUGUCAUGGGCGGCACGCAGAGUCUACACACGAAUGCUCUGGAUGAGGCAUUGGGGCUACCUACGGAAUUCAGUGCUCGCUUGGCCCGUAACACGCAGCUGGUGCUUCUGGAGGAGACUAGCAUUCCGCGUGUGGCCGACCCGUGGGGUGGAUCGUAUCUGAUGGAAACACUUAUGCAGGAACUGUACGAUGCAGCGUUGGAAAUGAUUAAUGAAGUGGAGGAGCUGGGAGGAAUGGCCAAGGCUAUUGAGUCCGCGAUGGCCAAGUUGAGAAUCGAAGAGAGUGCCACCAAGAAGCAGGCGCGUGUAGAUUCCCGUGAAGAGACAAUUGUUGGUGUGAACAAGUACGUGGUGGAGAAUCCGGACACGGUGGACGUGCUCACGAUCGAUAACACGGCGGCUGCAGCUCAAGCGUGUCUUCAAAAGCUACGCGACUCGGCGGCACUGACGGAGAGUACAGGACCGGGCACACGCCCGAUGUACCUGCUCAAUUUAUCUGUGAGCGCGGCACGUGCACGCUGCACUGUGGGGGAAAUCUCGGAGGCCCUUGACGACGUUUGGGGUCGACAUGUCUCGAAGAGCUCCGUCGUAUCUGGUGCGUAUCGUAACGAGUACAAACACAACGACGAGGCUGAAGCCGUGUACAACGCUGUCGUCAAAAAGAUUGAAGCGUUUGCCGAGCGUUUCGGUCGUCGGCCGCGUAUGCUGGUCGCCAAGAUAGGCCAGGACGGCCACGACCGUGGAGCUAAGGUUAUUGCCUCCGGGUAUUCAGAUAUGGGCUUUGAUGUCGAUGUUGGGCCUCUCUUUUCGAUACCCGUGGAUGCCGACGUUCACUGUAUCAGCGUGAGCUCCCUUGAGGCCGGCCACAACACGCUGGUGCCGGCACUGGUCAAAGUUUUGAAGAAGGAAAACGCUGAGCAUAUUCUGGUGAUCUGUGGAGGGACGUUGCGUGCAAUCAUCAAAAAGUCGGAAGAAAACGAUGCCAAGGGGCUUUGA